GUCGCGACUGCUGCCGUAGUAUUUAUUAUUAUUUUUUUCUAAAUCACGUCUCCCCCUCCCCUCUCAUCUACGACAGGUUUGUAAGGCUGGGAUCUAGAGGAUCUUCUUGUCUUACUCAGACCCUCGCGGUUGUCACGUUGUGUGCGCCGGAGCCCCUCGCUCCCCACCGUACUGUCUCCCUCUUGGUGACUUCAUUCUGGCGAUCGGGGAGCUUUAGUGCCUUUACCAUCUCAGUUUUCUGAUUGAUGGGUAAUGUCUUCCCCGUUGAAUGGAUGUCAUCGUGCAGCUUAGAUUCUGUAUGGACAAGACCAAGUUUUUCACAAGGAUGACCAUUUGUUUCCUUUGCCUAAUUCAGAAUAGAGGUAUUUUAGCGCAUGGAAAGUGCAGCUCAUCAAACUGUUUGCACUGGAUGGUUCAUUUUGACGGAUAUACUGAUCAAGCCUUGGGAUGUUUCAUGUAGUGGUCAGAAGAUAAACCUGCAGUUACAGUCUUAAUCUUCGCCCUGCUUUAUACUGGUGUGUGUCCGUUGUUAACUGUUGUCUGCCAUGGCCAGCAAGAGGAAGUCAACUGUUCCUUGUAUGAUUCCUGUUAAAACGGUGGCAGUUGAAGCUGGUAAUGUAGAAACUGUUGAGGCACCUGAAGUACAACAGCUGGACUCACCAUGUGAAAAAGCUGUAGUUCAGGCUACUGUGAAGGACACUGUUGGGGGUCUUGCUAACGGACAUCAAAACUUUAGGGAGGGGAGGCACUGUAUUUGUAAAUAUUGUGACUUUCUGUCUCCGGACCUUAAUAAGUUCUUACUGCAUGUAGAGUCUCAGCACUUAGAAUUCAAUGUAGACCCAAAUUUUGUUUGUGUUCAGUGUAGCUUCUUGGUGAAGUCAUUUGAAGGGCUGGCUUCACACAACGCUGAGAAUCAUGCUGAAGAAAGGAGUUUUGUUUGGAGUGUUGCCAAGGAAGACAGUCAGGUCAUAGUGGAGCAGACUUUCCCAGGAGCUGUCCAUAGUCCUGCUGUUAAAAGUGAAGUGUCAGAAGAUCAUCAAACUAGUUCCACUGAAAUCUCAAGAAUCAAGACACCAAUCAUGAAAAUGGUAAAGAGCAAGCCUGAACAGAAGAGAAUUGCAGUUGUGCAACUACAGGACAAGACUUCAAGUGUAUCGGGUAGCGAAAAGGAGGCACCUAGAGGGAGCAGGAAUAGUGCAAAAUGUACAGUGAAUGGAACAACCACAGUGGUCCCUCUUGUCGGCAAUACAACAAAAUCAUCUCAGCCUCCUAAGUGUUCUGUUAUAAAUGCUUUACCGAUCUUGCAGACUGGUGUGACACAGAUUGUUCCACUGGUGCAACCCCUGCAACAGCAACCAGUCUUGCAACCACAGACAAUUUUGCCACAACCGCAGCUUCAGCAUCAGUCACGUCAUCUUCCAAACACCAGUGCUCUCCCCAAGGUAAUGAUCCCUUUGACCAGCAUUCCAGGAUACAAUCCAGAUAUGGAUUCCAACAGUUUUUUGAGGAACUCUUUCAACAAGUUUCCUUACCCAACAAAAUCUGAACUUUGUUGGCUAACAGUUGUGACCAAAUAUGCAGAAGAGCAGAUCAAGAUUUGGUUCACUGCUAACAGACUGAAACAGGGUAUUAGUUGGUCUCCAGAGGAAGUAGAAGAUUCACGCAGAAAAAUGUUUAAUACAAUCAUUCAAACUGUGCCACAGCCUACAAUUACUUUGUUGAAUGCUCCACUCGCAACCAGUGGCAGUGGUGUCCAGCAGGUUAUCCAUAGCGGUCUACCUUGCCAGGUGGUGGGACAGCCUGGCACUACAGGAGUUCUUGUUGCCCAGCCACUAGUGACAAAUGGUGUACAGGUCACAAAUUCCCAGAUAACCUUAGCAGUUUCCACUCCGCCUAACCAACAGGUUAUUAGUACUGUUCAGUGUGGAAUGCCUUCAGAUGUGAAUGUUGUCAGUACAGUUCAUUCUCUAACAGCUAGCCCUAACAUAUCUUCUGAUUUAGGUUAUGUAGACCAUAACAGCAACAAAAUUAAGAAGUCUCAGCAGCAGCUUACUGCCUUGAAGGAUAGCUUUUACAAGAAUCAGUUUCCUGACCAAGAAGAAGUGGAGAGACUGUCUCAGAACACAGGCAUCCCCAGUCGGGAGGUAAAGAAAUGGUUCAGUGACCGCAGGUAUCACCAAAGAAAUUUGAAAGGCACAAGGCCAUUGCUGUUAGAUGAGGCUACUAAAAAAACAGCAGUUACUGAUCCUUAUGAUGACGACUACUUUUCCCUUUUAGGUGUUAGUCCACAGCAUUCAUCAAGAAGACCAUCUUUUAGUCAAGCACCAGAUUUUACACCCAUAAAAUAUAAAGAGAGAGCACCUGAGCAGUUGAAGGCCUUGGAAAACAGUUUUGAGCAAAACCCCUUUCCCUCAGAAGAGGAAGUGGACAGAUUAAGGAGUGAAACCAAAAUGACCAGAAGAGAAAUUGACAGUUGGUUUUCUGAAAGAAGGAAAAGGAAGACCACUGAAGAUAGCCUGAACCAGACAAAGGAAGCAAUAGAGUUUGGCGAUUACGUUGAAGAUGUGGAUGGUAGUGAGCAUGGUGAUAAUGAAAACAUAGAACCUGAAGACGAUGAUGAAUAUUCAGCCAGGAGGAGGAUACGCAAAACUAAAAGCUUAUUACGAACUAGUAGUAUGCAAGGUUCUGAGCAGAAGGUCCUCCCUAUCAAAAUCAAUUUAAAGAAUCUUAGAGUUACAGAUGGGAGUAGUAAACCUUUUGUACAUACGAGCAGCCAGGAACGUGAACGCCGCGCCCGGCCAGCUUUCAUAGCAAGGAAAAAAACGAAUGAGCAGCUUCACAUGCUAAAAAGAGUAUUUGUGCAUACACAGUGGCCUUCAAAUGAACAGUAUGAUGCUUUAGUUGCUGAAACAGGAUUAUCGAGGACUGAUGUUGUUCGCUGGUUUGGAGAUACUAGGUAUGCGUUCAAAAAUAAGCAGCUGAAGUGGGUCGAUAAUUACAGCAAAAAUGCCUUCCCUGAAGCCCUUCAUGCUGAUGAGUCAAACAGUCAAGAUAUGUUGCUUGAGGACUCUUUUGGAACACAUGAGGCCAUGUAUGACGAUGGUGACUUGGAAUCUCUUGGUGAGAAAACUGAGAUGAGUCAGGAAGAUAAUAAUUGGUUUAAUGAAAAUACGUCAAAGGAUGCUGAUAGCCCAUCAAACUCUUGCAAUGAAGAACAGCAGUCCUUCAGUGAUGAACAAUCUAGACACUACCAAGAAGGUGAUGCAGGUUCGGAAACUUCUGAAAGUAGUGACCACAGAAGUACUAACACUAACGGUGACUGUACAGAUCAACCCAAAGAAGACUCUCACAUUCCUGAGAUUCCACUUGAAUCAGAAUGAAGGACCAAAUCUCAUUUGUAGAGCAAGAAAAGGCAGAUGCUUCAGCUCUGCAGAUUUCGUACAGAAGGGGUCCGCUUUCUGUUAAAAGAUGGAACUGUGGGCAAGGGGAGGGGGCAAGCCCUGCAGUGCUAGUGGACCGAGCAGCACAGAGUACUCGACAGGGCUACUUGAAGCGAGUAUGAAGAAUGAAGGAUACCAUUCAUCUGGAAAACACUUGCAAGAUAAAUGGACUAACGGUUAUAAGCAAACCUACCGCCCUUCCUCUUCACACUCACCAGCAAUCUUGCCUUACAUUAGGCACAAUAUUUCUGUGGUUUCUUAUGUGGCAAUGUUUUCUACAACUAGACAUUUCAGUGUCUGCUGAUGCACAGAUUUGUCCUCCCUGGGAACUACAUUUUAUAUUUGAUAGCUUUAGAACAUGAAAUCUGUUUUGUAGCUCUUUACUACGUGUUGCAUGUUGAGUGAUUGACAAAUGGGGUAUUUUUCUUUAUAAUGGAGAGUGCUGGUCACAUGAAAUUAAGCUGGUCCUUUGUCAGAAAGUUUUCUGGAAAGUGGAGGAAGGGAGUUGUCUGCAACGGUUAGUGGUAUCGUCAGUAAAGUAAGCUGACAAGGAGGCAAGUUUGUACCGACCAGCUUAUUUUUAAGCAUUCUGAUGUACCACUGAAUUUAAAUAUGGUUAAACUUAUUUUAGGAAAACAUUUUGUAUGAACUGUAGAAGACUGAGACCUGCAGUCUGCAUGUACGUAGAUGAAUUUUCUCUGUAGUGUAAAUAUUAGCCUUCAAGGUGAGAGCUGCUUUAUUAUUUUUUUUUCUCUCCUGCAAGGUGAAGUUUAUGUUUUAGGCACCCAACACUUAAAACAGUAGGCACUGCGAGUAGAAUGUUACUGACUGGAAACAGUGUUACAUAGGGCUUGGGGUGGUAACUGAAAACACUAGAUCAUCGGAAAAUCAACAAGUCCGUAAUUUGUGUUGGAACCUUAGGUUCAGAUCUUCAUGGUCAUAGUACGAUAUACAAAUUGGAUUUUGGACAGGUCAUAGGAAAACAUGGCACUUAUGUACUGUACAUAAAAAAGAUGAGUGUAAAACCAGUUUAGCAGUCAUCUGUUUAGUAGGAGCGCUGUCACUUUAACAUCAGUAAACCAGGAUCAUUAUUACAUACAUUUUAGGACACUGUGUGCAUAUGUACAGGGGGACAUGUGAUAAAACAAUGUUUUUGUGCUGUGGUGUGGGAAAUAUGGCCUCCAGCUGUCAUUCGCACAGCACUGCCCCCCCACCCCCCACCCCAUAUACCAGCAGAAAUCUAGGCUGAAUUGUUUAAAGGAAAAAAAUGAUUCUGAAUUCAACUAGAGAUGCUAAGAAGAAAACAAGUGUUCAUUAUUUAUGGAUCACAGAUUCUGAUACUUUUUUCAAUGGGUUAAGCAAAGCUGUAGGCCUUUAAUAUUUCUGUAAAUAUUCCUUCCUUAUGAAGGGUCAAAACGGCUUCUUACUUCCUGAAAAGGCAGGCAUGGUAAGCCCUUGACAGGGAGGGUUAGAACACUUUCCAGCAGAUCAUCUGCUACUAUUUAUAGCCAUUUUCAAAAAUGUUUCUGUACGAAAUACCUGUUAGACUGUCACAUGGUCUUCCAUUCACACAUUUUCUAAAAGAAACGGUUUUGCUUUGUCAGCCGUGUAGAACAUGUAACAGGCAAAUGAUUCAUUCCCGAGAGCUUGAAUAUACAUUUGUUGGUAGAUUGUCAUUUGGCUAUACUGUACACUGACCUGUACAUAUACAAAAUCAUUACAAAUUGUAAUAGUAGGUGUUCGCUUGCAUUCAUGUCUUGAGGGAAAGUAAGCAGAGCCUUUGUGAUGUGUUGAAUGCUGGUCUGUGCAGAUGAGUUACUUCCCUCCUGCAGAGCCAUUGAAAGAAAGUCUCUCUCACAUAAUUAUCAUCUUGUUGAUACAUGAGAAUUCGAUGUUGUGCCACCCAGUAUCUGACAGUUGGCUUUCAUUAGCCUUUAUAUGUAGCUGUUAUGUUACAAUUUCUGAAGAAGCCGUAAGCUGACACAGUGGCAGUUGAAGUGGAGUUAUGGUAAUCAGAUUAUCAUUUUUGUGCCAUAUAGACAUUCAGUAGCCUCCAGAAUCAAAGUAAGCACAUGGAAAGUGAUGGGUAGUAUGUUUGCAAUACACCACUGUUGCAUAAUGGAAUAUUGGAGUAUAGAAAUGGGAGAGUGGAGUUACUUCCGAUGUUCUUCGUGUUUCAGUGUUGCAGUCAUCACACUUGGGUUAUCUGCCUGCAGGUAACCCUCA